AUGUUUUGGGGUUGGAUGGCCCUUGGUUAUAAUCUUCCCCUGAAACCUCAAUUUGAAACUAAAAACCUCUUUCAAAAUUUUUCCUUUUUUAUAGGAAAGAAUGUGAUAUCUGUUGUUCUACGAGACGGAACUAGCUUUUUGCAAGUUGUUUUGAGUGGAGUACUUUGUCAAACUUCUGAAGCUUUAACAUUGACUACGGAAAGCUCUGUUUGCAUAUACGGAACGAUAAACAAACUUCCUAAAAAAAAGACGGCUCCAGGUGGUGUAGAACUCGUCGCCGAUUUUUGGACUUUAAUUCAUGGAGCACCGCCCGUUGGGAUUGACAAUGUGUUAAAUGUUGAGGCAAAUCCUGAUGUUAAUCUGGACAAUCGUCAUUUGUGUAUUAGAGGAGAAAAUUGUUCUGAAAUUCUUCGAAUCCGAGCGGCCGUAACGCGUGCAAUAAGGGAACAUUUUCAUUCUCGCAAAUAUGUCGAAGUAUGCCCUCCAACACUUGUUCAAACUCAGGUUGAAGGAAGCUCUACAUUUUUUUCCAUUGACUUUUUUGGUGAACCAGCUUAUUUAACUCAAUCAGCGCAGCUUUAUUUGGAAACAUGCAUUUCUUCUCUGGGAGAUUGUUAUUGUAUAGCGCAGUCUUAUUCAGCGGAAAAAUCUCAAACAAGGCGUCAUUUGGCUGAAAACUCUCAUGUUGAGGCUGAAUGUCCGUUUAUUACUUUUGAAGAAUUGAUGAAUAAAAUUGAGGAUCUUGUUUCUGAUGUAGUUGAGAGGGUUUUCAGUGAUCCUGAAAUUUCUAAAUUAAUAUUACAACGCUGGAAAACGUCAAAGAAAAAAUUUCCUUCAUUAAAACGUCCUUUUCUUCGAAUGACUUAUGCUGAUGCAAUUGAAUGGCUGCGCAAAAAUAAUGUGAAAAAUAAAGAAGGAAAGCCUUUUAAAUUUGGAGAAUUCAUUCCACAGGGUUCUGGACGGCAAAUGCUUGAUACAAUUGGACAGCCAAUCUUGUUGAAUCGUUUCCCAGCUGGCACCAAAGCUUCUCGUUGUGAAGAUGAAGACAUGAACACUUCUCGUUGUGAAGAUGAAGAAGGAAAGAAGAAGAAUUUGACAGAAUCUGUAAAUUUUUUAAUGCCCGGAAUUGGAAAAGUUGUUGGUGGUUCAAUGAGGAUUUGGAAGGAAAAGGAAAUUUUGGAAGCUUUUAAAAUAACCAAUGUGGACCCUAAACAUUAUUAUUGGUAUGUAGACCAGAGGAAGUAUGGAGGAUGUCCGCAUGGAGGUUUUGGACUUGAAUUGGAACGGUUUGUUUGUUGGUUAGCUAAUCAAGAAAAUAUAAGGGAUGUUUGUUUAUAUCCUCGAUUUAUUGGACGAUGUGCCCCAUAA